AUGACGCCGCCUACCUCUUUUAUCCUCAUCUUUGCUGCCUGUAUUCUGGCAUGCGAUAUUCCUACAAGCCCUCUCUCGAACAAUAUUACCGAGGGUUUCGCACUUCAGAUACAGAAUGCGUCGUUUCCAGAUAUCCAUAACCAUUUCUUGAAUAUCUGGGACUGGGGUGGCGGUGACCAGCAUCUUUUCGUUAGUCCCGCUGGAAACUCCACCAAUGAGCUUACACUCGUCGACGGCGUGAUCACUUUACCUUGGGAUCCGCCUCGUCGCGCAUAUGAGGUGAAAGACAAUACGACCAAGAUGUUCAUGACUGAGCGUGGAGAUCCGCGUGCUAUUUAUGAUGUCGUAUAUGGUUGCAAUCCUGACACAGAUGCUUUGCAGACUGAACUAUCCUUCAAGUCACGGGGGGGUAUAGAAAUAGGAGGAAAUAUCGGCGUUCGCCCGUUCAACGGCAUGUAUGACUUUCGAUGGACGCCCGCAGGAAAUACAGCAUAUGAUGAAGAUCGGCCAUGGACAAGGGUGACUUUGGUUGUGGUUCAUUCUUGA